UCUGCCCUGUCUGCCUCGCAGCAGCUCCCGUUGGCUUCUGUUCCUUCCCUGCCCAGGGGCGAUGCUAAGCCCCAGAAAUCUGCUGCCUCCGUUGUGACUGGCCUUGGGGUCCCCCGUGCGGACUCCUCCCACACCCUCGGCCUGGCCGCUGGCGCCCACCACAUCCAGGAUCCAGUGGCCAGGGCGUGUGUUUCCUCCUCCUUCCUCCCCAGGGCUCCCUGCACCGGCCUGUCACAGCCACCUCCCUCCCUCCGCACUUGGGAACAGGCAUGACUGGUGGGGCCUCUGCCUCCCUCAGCCCAGUGGCAGGCCAAAGGGGACUCGAGGAGGGGCCUCCCUCUCAACACUUGGUCCACUGCAGAGGCCCACCCUGGCUGUGAGCCUCACCUGCUCCCGUGCCGUCACCUCCUCAAGUCCCCUGUGGGUGCUCCAGACAAGGAGACUGCCGGUGGGGGAGGGGAGAGGACGGGCAGGCCCAGGGCCACUGCUGCCCAGCUGCAUCAAUAGCUUCACCCUCCAAGGGACUAGGGAGGGCCUGCAGUGGGCAGGCCGCAACCAGCAUCUCGGCUGCCUCCCUGUGCCCCUGGCCUGUGGGCACCGACUGCCAAGGGCUGGCAUGUCUCGCUCCGGAACGAGGUCUUCGGGACAAUGCUGCCCGCUUUCUGGCCAGGGAGGGCCUUCUUGUCUUUGCUCUGAGGGGUCCUGGGGCUGGGGGUACUGCUGAGGCGGUCUCGUACCCCCACCUUCCCUGUGGCUCAUCCUUCCUCAUGUGGUGGGACAGGAUUGGUUCAGCUGGAGCCCACGUGGCUUGCCAGGUCAGGCCUCGCCCCUCUUCCUCCUUCCUGGCAGCCUCUGCUAAAGGCCUCUUAGAUAUUAUGGGUCAUUGUGCCCGUAAAACGUACACCAUCUCCCCUUCUUGCCGGAAGACUAGCCUGUGAGAUGUGAGCCCGGCAGCAUGGAAAGUGCCCGAGGUCACUGGGGCGAACCGAGGUCCCGUCCUGAGUGCGGCCUUCCCUUUCUUGGCUAAGCACGGCACGUGCAGUCACCUCUUGCCCACUCCCGAGCUCACUUUAGCCUCAUGAGGGGCAACCUGGUCCCUCGUGACACAGGUGGAGCUCUGCCCUGGAGAAGGGGGCUUGCCGCCUUGCUGGGAGUCGCCCCAGCUCAGCUGCUAAAUCCUGGCCCGGGUCAGACUUGGAGGCCAGGCUGGGUGGAAGGCUCACACUUCUUCCUCGUGCCUGUGAUGACACGUUCCUCCAGCCCACGGCCCAGCUUGUGGGGAGCCUGCGUGUGGCCUAGGAGCCUGCUUUCCAACUUGUAAACACAGGGCGUGUGUCUCAGCAGCUGUGAGUGAGCGAGGGGCUGGCAAGCCGGCUGCACAGGUCGUGCGGCCUUAGGCCGCCUCGUUGCCCAACAGGCGGCUGGGGGCGGGCCAUGGCCACUGAUUAAAGGCCGCCUGCAGCAGCCUGUGUGGAGACAGGUGCCCAGCAGCCCAGGAAGCCGGCCAGCACCCGCCCCAGGUAAGCCAGCGCAGCAGGGUUGGUGAGGACAGCUGCCAGGAGCCCAGAGGCAGGUGGCCAGGUUGGGGAAGGCACCUGUGUGCCAGGGAGGCCAGAGGAGGCCAAACCAAGGAUGCUUGGCUGCCUGCUUCCCGACAGAUGACCCUAGGGGUGCAGGCUCCCAGCCAGGGUGUCUCAGUGAAGACACCAUUCUAGGCUGGCACCUCCCCAGGUCCCUGGUGACACGGACCCGGUGCACUUUGCCUGUCAGGUACCUGGAGGCAGGUGGCAGAGGCCUCCGGGCCGGGAUCGGGGCAGACCAGCCCUACCUUUUGCUGUUUACUAGUUGGUAGUAGUGACAAUGGCCAGGGCGGGACUGGGGCACAGAAUGGAGAGGGUGUCGAGGCCCCGGGAGGCCUCACCCUGAACAAAGGGGUUGGAGCACUGGCCACGGAGUCGGCUGUAUGUGGCUGGGCCCAGGCAUCCCCAUCACUUUGGCCCUCAGGUUUUGUGCCUCUUGCCCUGGCAGCUUUAGGCUUUGCUGUCCCCGUGAGCACAUCACCAUGUCCGAGGCACCCCGGGCCGAGACUUUCGUCUUCCUGGAUCUGGAAGCCACUGGGCUCCCCAGUAUAGAUCCCGAGGUGGCUGAGAUAUCCCUGUUUGCGGUGCACCGCUCCGCCCUGGAGAACCCAGACCGAGACGAGGCUGGUGCCCCUGUGCUGCCCCGGGUCCUGGACAAGCUCACGCUGUGCAUGCGUCCAGAGCGCCCUUUCACCGCCAAGGCCAGCGAGAUCACCGGCCUGAGCAGCGACAGCCUGGCGCGGUGCCGGAAGGCCGGCUUCGACGACGCCGUGGUGCGGACGCUGCAGGCCUUCUUGAGCCGCCAGGAGGGCCCCAUCUGCCUUGUGGCCCACAACGGCUUUGAUUAUGACUUCCCCCUGCUGUGCACAGAGCUGCGGCGCCUGGGCGCCCACCUGCCCCCGGACACCGUCUGCCUGGAUACACUGCCUGCGCUGCGGAGCCUGGACCGUGCCCACAGCCAUGGCACCCGGGCCCAGGGCUGCAAGGGUUACAGCCUGGGCAGCCUCUUCCGCCGCUACUUCCAGGCCGAGCCAAGUGCAGCCCACUCAGCCGAGGGUGAUGUCCACACCCUGCUCAUGGUCUUCCUGCACCGCGCUGCUGAGCUGCUUGGCUGGGCUGACGAGCAGGCCCGAAGCUGGGCCCGCAUCGAGCCCAUGUAUGUGCCACCCGAUGGCCCGAGCCUUGAAGCCUGAGUGCCACGGGCUCAGUGAGACCACCACCCAGGGGGAUGAGGCCCACUCUCAGCAUGGGUGGCACCAGCUUUGACCAGUCAGGCUCUGAGGCCUGGAGCUGGCCCCGGACCAGUGCCCCACUGCCCCUCCCCCCCGUCCUCGUAGCCAGCUAGCCCCGGGCCUGUGCACCUGCCAGGCCUCCUCCUGGCCCCGGCCUGUGUAGCCUUGUAGCCCUGGAGCUUUCUGCCAGCCCCACCCCCGGACUGUGCUGUAGUGAUUUGUUGCUGCAGGCUCCCGCCCUUCACCUGGUCUCUCAAUAAACAACAGCUACUCACCA